CCCUCUUGUUCCUUAUCGCGCAAGAAGAUUUUCUUGGACGCGGUUUCGGACAGUGGACACGCUGGACGCGGAGCAGGACCCACGCAGGAGGCACAAACCGGACGCCGUGUUCUUCGUUUGCGGCUUUAACACGAUGGAGCCAGCCUUCGGUGAGGUGAACCAACUCGGCGGUGUCUUCGUGAACGGCAGGCCGCUCCCCAACGCGAUCCGGCUCCGGAUAGUGGAGCUGGCCCAGCUCGGGAUUCGACCCUGUGACAUCAGCAGGCAGCUGCGCGUCUCGCACGGCUGCGUCAGCAAGAUCCUGGCCCGCUACAACGAGACCGGCUCCAUCCUGCCGGGGGCCAUCGGGGGCAGCAAGCCGCGGGUCACCACGCCCACCGUGGUCAAGCACAUACGGACAUACAAGCAGAGAGACCCGGGGAUUUUUGCCUGGGAGAUCCGGGACAGGCUACUCGCCGACGGGGUUUGCGACAAGUUCAACCUGCCCUCCGUCAGCUCCAUCAGUCGGAUCCUCCGCAACAAGAUCGGGAAUCUGUCCCAGCAGAGCCAGUACGAGUCAGGCAAGCAGGCGCCUCACCCCCCGCCCCAACCAACGCUACCCUACAACCACUUAUACACGUACCCGACGUCCAAAGUGCCCACUCCCCCUGGCAUGCCCACCCUACCCGGACACAUGGCCAUGCACAGGAUAUGGCCCUCCUCGCACUCCGUCACAGAUAUUCUGGGGAUACGGUCUAUUACAGAGCAACAAAUUAGUGACAGUCCAUCCUUUUCCAGCGCCAUACUAGAAGAAUGGAGCGCUAUAAACAGGAUUAAUUUCCCUCCAGUCACUGGCGUGGAUAAACUGCAUUUAGAACCUGAAGCAAAAUACACACAGACGCUGAAUGGCUUGCCCACAGCGAACAGCUAUGUCACAGCACCCAGCAUCCCUCCCUACCACCCUCCCACCACCCAAGUGUCACCCUACAUGGGGUACAGCGCCACCACGUCGGCCUAUGUGACCGGUCCCACAUGGCAGCCGGCCAGUGGCAGUGCUCUAUCUCCCCACAGCUGUGACAUCGCCGCCUCUCUUGCCUUCAAGAGCAUGACUGCCAACCGUGACGUCUUCCACCCCGUCACCGCCUUGGCGCUGUGAGGUCAAGACUGAUGGGGAGAGAGCGCGGGGGGGUGGAGACA